CUUCCACCUCCUUCCUCUCCCCCCUCUCUCUAGAUUAACACUUCCUCACAUUUCUCCUCCCUCUCGCCUAACUCUUAACUAGUCUUCUUCUUGAGUCUAAACCAAGGCUCUCUCUCUCUCUCUCUCUCUCUCUCUCUCUAUCUAACACUACAGUCAGAAACCUCCGCUGCUACAGGAAUGGCGGACGAAAUUGCCCUCAGUUUUUCAACAAAACUUCCAAUUUGUUAACUUCUCUUAUCUAGAUUCUAUCAACCGUCAAAGAUCCUCUCUUGUCUCUCACCGCCUUUCUCCUUCCUCUGAUCGCGCUCUCUUCCCCCUUUCUCUCUCUCUCUCUCUCUAUACGUUUAUGGAAGUGAUUUAGGUAGGGUUCACAUAUACAUAUAUACAUAUAGAUAGAGAUAGAGAUACAAGUGAGUAUUUGUGGAUAUGGAUUUGGUUGAAGGAGUCGGCGAGAGCUCGUCGCCGCCUCGGAGUUUUGGUAGUUUCGGUGGGUAUGAUAUAAGAAACGAUGUGUAUAAUCGGUUGGUAGAGAGUGGAAACGAAGAGGCCGUGUGUAAUCCUGAGUUUCGUGAACUAUUAGAUGCUCACUUCAAUCGGUUACCUUCUAGCUAUGGGUUGGAUAUUAAUAUGGAUAGGGUGGAAGAUAUAUUGUUGCAUCAAAAGCUUCUUGUCUUGGCGAAGGAUCCAGAUAACAGACCAGUUUACCAUGUCCGUUUUCUCGAGAAUUUCUUGACCAAAGCAGAUGGUGAUGAUGAGCAACAAGAAGUAAGUGUUCCUUCUACCUCCAGACAAUGUUGUAAUGCUGACAGUGAAGGAGUUGUGCCAUCUCAUAACAGUAGAAGCAGGGAUUAUGAGAGUGAGUUUGAACCCUGCUCUAAGCUCGAGGACCUAAAUUUGGAUGUUAGAAAGAAUUCCAAUGACAUAGAGAGAAGAUUUCUCACAGAGAACUUUUCUAGAAGGCAGGAAGUCUCACAUCUUCCAAUUCAUGAAGUAAUUUUUUCUACUGUUGACAAGCCAAAGCUUCUUAGUCAGCUUUCUGCUUUGCUUUCUGACAUAGGACUUAACAUCCGUGAGGCGCACGUGUUCUCAACUACUGACGGUUAUUCUUUGGAUGUAUUUGUGGUGGAUGGAUGGCCUGUUGAGGAUACAGAGGGAUUAUAUGAAGCUAUGGAGAAAGCAAUUGCUAGAAAUGAGGGAUCAUGGUCUGGGUCUUCACAAAUUCAAUCAGCAGUGGAGAAAGCAUUAGUGUCACAAGGAAAAUCUGGUGAUUGGGAAAUAGAUAGAAGAUUAUUGAAGAUAGGAGAAAGAAUUGCAUCUGGAUCCUGUGGAGACUUGUAUCGGGGAGUUUACCUUGGUCAGGAUGUUGCCAUUAAGGUCCUUAGAUCUGAACAUCUAAAUGAUGCUUUGGAGGAUGAGUUUGCUCAAGAAGUAGCUAUCCUAAGGGAAGUCCAACAUAGAAACGUUGUCCGAUUUGUUGGUGCAUGUACAAAAGCUCCUCAUUUAUGCAUAGUAACAGAGUACAUGCCUGGAGGAAGCCUUUAUGAAUAUAUACACAAGAAUCACAUUGUCUUGAAUCUCCCUCAAUUGCUUCAGUUUGCAAUUGAUGUCUGCAGUGGAAUGGAGUACUUGCAUCAAAACAACAUAAUUCACAGGGAUCUUAAGACAGCAAAUUUGCUUAUGGAUAAUGACAAAGUUGUUAAGGUAGCAGAUUUUGGCGUUGCUCGGUUCCAAAAUCAAGGGGGUGUGAUGACAGCAGAGACUGGUACAUACCGAUGGAUGGCCCCUGAGGUUGAACUCUCUUUCGUUUGCCUAUGUCUUCUACUUCAUUAGCUUGAUAUGGUUGAAGAUGAGGGAUUGUGUGUGGGUGUUAUCUUUAAAAUUUCUUUUUCUACCUGGAGCUCGGAAUCCUAAUGUUAAUUCUCAUUGUAAAAGCUUUCCUGAGUUAUCUGUUGACUAAGUUAGCCCCCUUACCCAGUUGCUUGCAAUAGAUCCUUGUAUUCUGCAAUGAUUGGUCGACAUUGAUAAUUCGCAACAACGCUAAAUGGGGAAUAAUUAUGAGAAUGGGUGAUGGCAGUGUUUUAGAACCUGGACUGGACCAGGCAGUAUGUAGUAAAAUUGGGAGCGGGUCAAAUGGUCCAGGCAAUUUCAUAAAAAUCAUUCUAUUUUGAGACUUGGAUUGAUGGUUUAAUCGUUGAUUAGUGUAAACUGUUCGUGCAUUGAUGGAGCUGCAUGGUCCAAUUAAAUUUUUAUAUGUGACGGCUUUUAGGGCAUGUUCAACCAUACUGUACUGAUUGUUUUUGAAUCUUGGCUCACUUUUUAGUGUGAUUGUCUAUGAAGCACAAACACUUUAAAAUAGGGGCCAUAGCAGUGUCUGACACGGGGACAUGUAGGAGAUACGCCGAGGACACUUGUCUAAAUCUAGAUACGUCAAGGGAGACGGGGACACGGCAGGGACAUGCCAUUUAAUUAAUUGAUUUUUUUUUU